AUGGAUUCAUUUGCGGCCCCCCACCGCCUGCCGCUGCCACCGGCUCACUUCCAAGACAGACGUGCUCCUGCUCCCCAGAGCUUGACUUACCCAACGGCGAGUUCAUCCUACACCGUGGGCGAUCCGAUGUCGAUCGAGCCAGACCUCGAAGGGUCUGAUGGCGGUACAUUCGCAGUGGAGCCAUCCUUGCCUGAGGGGCUGGCGCUAGAUCCAGCAACAAGUGUGAUCAGUGGCCAGCCUGUGGCAGAGCCGACUGUCGAUGCAACGGCCAUCGACCAAGAGGAGGCCACCGCCCAGCUCGAGGAGGCGAAGCGCGCCGUGGCCGCGGAGGCCACGGCGCAGAGCACGGCGAAUGCGACGCCGGACCCAAGGACAGAGGACAAUGCCUCGGCAGCCCCGGCUCCAGCCGACGAGGACAAGCGCCACGAGAGCAGCUCAUCCUCAGUUUCUUCCUCGCCGUCGCCAAUUCGGCAGGACUUUUACGUCUUCCAGCCCAAGGCACGUGGCAAGGUGCCAACCGGCGGCGCUGCAGCCUCGACCCAGGCACGCGGCAGGAGGCCGUUCACCCAAACGCCGAUGGGUACCGGUCUUGCAGUGCCAGCAUCCUCCCGAAGGGUGCACUCGCCGCAGCCGGGCUCAUGA